UGCUGCUACAGCUACAGCCAGAGGAAGAGACACACAACACAGACACACACAGACAGACACACAGACACAGUGCGGCAGUGGGUCUCCUCACAACAGUUGUCUGUUACCCAACAAACGGAUAUUUUAACACAACAGGCAGCUGACCCGAUUGUGAACUCGCUGCCCUGUCUGGAAGAUCCUCCUCACUGAACCUGGAUCAGCUUACUUUCUCUUCUUCAUCCCAUCAAUAGACUAGAGGUGAACCGCUUUCUAGAGCAACCGUGGAUCCACGCAGAAAGAGGGGCACAUCACAUGGGAGUGCGUGACUGUGUGUGUGAGGGUGUGUGUUUAGGCCUCCUGCCGUCGCCCGCUCUUCCCGGACAGGCAUGGCGGGGGGCAGAGAGCGCGGCUCCCGGAUACAGAGGCCGUGGUCGGUGUACAGGGCCAACACAUUCGAGCUGUCCAACGAGAUGAUCGGCUUGGCUCUCGCAGGAAACAGUCAGGACCCAGAUGAGCCUGUGAUUGAGUUCAGUGUGGCCUGCACAGACCUGCUGACUCCUGCUUUGGAUCGAAAACCCAACAGCUUUGUAGCAGUGAGCUGCACAACACCACCGCAGGCCUUCUGGACCAAACACGCCCAGACUGAAGUCAUCGAGGGCACCAGUAACCCCAUCUUCCUCAGCAGCAUCGCCUUCUUCCAGGAGUCCAACAUCAACCAGCAGACGCAGGUGAAACUGGCCGUCUACGACGUCAAGGACCGCUCGCAGGGCACGAUGUAUAUGUUGGGCUCAGCACUUUUUCCUGUGAAGGAGUUGUUGCAAGAGAAAAGCCACAGAUUACAGCUGGAACUGAGAUCAGCGGAGAACCAGCGGGUGGGAAACGUCACCAUAGCUGCCUGGCAGAUGGAGGAGAGAGCGGAUCAGAGGAUGUCAGUCGGCCGGCUGCCAGACAGCAUCAACGGGCGGACAAUGCUGCCUGUUGACGAGAGCCUCACCGAGUCGAUGGGAGUCCGAAUCAAGUACGCCUCGCUAUGCAAAGACACCCUGCUGCGCUCAGUGUUCGGAGGCACGAUGUCCAGGAUGUACCGCUUCCCCACAACUGGUGGGAACCACCUACGGGUGCUGGAGCAAAUGGCUGAGAGCGUCCUGUCAUUGAACAUUCCCCGACAGUUUGUCAAACUGCUGUUGGAGGAGGACGCAGCCAGGGUGUGUGAGCUGGAGGAGCUUGGAGAGUUAUCCCCCUGUUGGGAGAAUCUGCGGCGACAGAUUGUUUCUCAGUACCAGAACAUAAUACUCGCAUACCAGGAAACGCUGACGGACCUCAACGACUACAGAGGUCCAUCGUUCAAAGCCAGUAACCUGAAGGCAGAGAGGAAGCUUGAGUUCAUGCCAACCAACCUACACGUUCAGAGGAUGAGGGUGCAGGACGAGCUGGGCUUUGAACACACAUAUGAUGUGGUAACAAUCGGGGCUCCGGCGGCUCACUGCCAAGGUUUUAAAAACAGCGGUUUGAGGAAACUCAUCCAAAAGUUUGAGGAGGCAAAGAAACACGUAUAUGAGGAAGGAUGCAGCGCACUGUCUAGCUCACAGUCCAUCGUCUACAUACCCCAGGACAUCGUCCGGGCCAAAGAGAUCAUCGCCCACAUCAACACGCUGAAGACUCAGGUCAGCUACUACGCCGAGAGGCUUUCCCGAGCUGCCAAGGAUCGAUCUGCUAGCGGACUGGAGAGGACACUCGCCAUUCUGGCUGAUAAGACUCGUCAGUUGGUGACCGUAUGCGACUGUAAGCUGCUGGCUUCAGCCAUUCAGGCCCUGAACGCAGCACGGCCUGAGUACAUCGCCUCCAAAGCGUCUCCCUCCGCUGACUCAGAACAAGUAGUCCUCCGUAACGACCAGGACACACUGCUCGCCAAGUGGAGCGGUCGCAACAGCCGAUCCUCGCUGCAUGUUGACUGGCAUGAAGAGGAGUGGGAGAAGGUUUGGCUGAAUGUGGAUAAGUCUCUGGAGUGCAUCAUCCAGCGUGUUGACAAGCUGCUUCAGAAGGAGAGGAGACCCAGCACCAGCAGUCAGGACAGUACACAGAUUGACCUGCAGGGAGGCGCCGCUAAGAAAGAUGGAAGCCCCGGUGCUGAGGAGGCGUACCCAGGCGAGUGGAGCGAGGCGUUGUACCCUCUCCUCACCACGCUCACAGAGUGCGUCGCUAUGAUGAGCGACACGGCCAAAAGGUCCAUGGUCUUCCUGCUGAUGCAGGACAGCGCCCCGACGAUAGCCAUGGACCUGUCGCUGCAGUACCGCCGCGACGUCGUCUUCUGCCAGACGCUCACCGCUCUCAUCUGCGGCUUCAUUAUCAAACUGAGGAACUGUCUCCGUGACAACGGAUUCCUCCGACAGCUCUACACCAUCGGCCUGCUGGCUCAGUUUGAGUCCCUGCUCAGCACCUACGGAGAGGAGUUGGCCAUGUUGGAGGACAUGAGUGUCGGCAUCAUGGAUCUUCGUAACGUCACCUUUAAGGUGACCCAGGCCACUGGCAGCUCCGCCCCUGACAUGCUGCCGAUCAUCACGGGGAACCGGGACGGCUUCAACGUCCGCAUCCCGCUUCCGGGAACCAUGUUCGACGCGUUGCCGCGGGAGAUCCAGAGUGGUAUGCUGCUGAGGGUCCAACCGGUGCACUUCAACGUCGGCAUCAACGAGCAGCAGACGCUGGCUGAGAAGUUUGGAGACACGUCCCUGCAGGAGAUCAUUAACCUGGAGAGUCUUUCCAGGCUAAAUUCAUACUACGAACAGUUCAAAGAAGUCCUGCCUGAGGACUGCCUCCCGAGGUCUCGUUCUCAGACUUGCCUCCCAGAGCUGCUGAGGUUUCUGGGGCAGAACGUCCACGCCAGGAAAAACAAGAACGUGGACAUCCUCUGGCAGGCGGCCGAGAUCUGUCGCCGGCUGAACGGAGUUCGUUUCACCAGCUGCAAAAGCGCCAAGGACCGCACGGCCAUGUCGGUGACCCUGGAGCAGUGCCUGAUCCUGCAGCACGAGCACGGCAUGGCACCGCAGGUCUUCACGCAGGCCCUCGACUGUAUGCGCAGUAUUGGGACGAGGGAGGGGGUGAUCCAGAAGAACCUGAGCGGCUUGCUGCCGGUGCGUGACUUCCGGCUGGACCCCAGCCUCCUGUACUCGCUGCCCCUGCUGGCCCUCAGCCCCAACCUCCUGGUGGUGUGGAUCUUCCUCAGCGUGGCCUAUUUCCUGGCCAAACUCCGCUGCAGCUGAGCGGCCAGCGUGCAGCUCUCUGCCAGGAGCCACAGUGCACAACGUCCUUCGUUUGUGAGGAGGAGUGGGAAUACUCCACACGGACUCCUGAGGGUGUUUCUGAAACUGUGCCACUGUCCUGUGAGUGUGUAUGUACACACUGCCCCACCCUGACUAAGGGCUUACCACAACCGAUGCCCCAUUUAUCAAGUGCCAAGCCCUGCCCUCUUUUUUUUGGUUUAUGGACGAUGUUUCCAGCUUUGAAAAACUGCACAUGGUUAGCCUGGGAAAGUGUCGUAAACAUACAGUUAUCUUGUCUCAAUACUGAUAUGAUGAUUUACUUCACACUAAGCUUGGCUAAAUCUAAAAACUUAUGUGUGUUAUGUUUUCCGGUCAUUUUCUUAAAGAUCUCUGUGCACACAGAAACUUAAUUGUAAAAAACUAAAUCUCUUCUUUUUCAUCGUUUUCUGCUCCACAAACAACAAAACUGCAUCACAACCAACACGUAGUCAGUGGUGGGACAGAGUCUGAUUACUCUGCUGGGUCUCAGAUGGGUUUUUCUGUUUCUGUUGUCAACCAAUCAAACAAGUCUUAUAAGACUUAGAACAAUAAAUACAGGUUAAGGUUGUAGUCCUUAAGAUUUCAGUCCUGGUUGAGUCAGCGACAACCACGGACACCACUCGCAGUGACAGAUAUAUUGGGUUUCCUGUGACUGCUUCACAAUAAAAGCUACCCCACGUUGCUGCUUCACACUUUUAAUGUGAAAAGAUUUUUUUUAAUUAAGCUGGCUUAGUGUGAACUUUUCACGUCAGUAAUGUUCAGAUAUAAAACAUUGUGGUCAGCUAACUGCUGUAUUACAAAUGUUCAAACCCAGACACAGAAACCGUUCUGGAUGAGUGUAACUACUUACAGGAUGAAUAAGAAUAAUGAGCAGACUCUCGAGCAGCAUUCACAUUUUAAGUGGAUAGCGCCCUCUAAUGACCCUUUAUCAUCUGUGUGGCUGCUCUGUGUUAAUCUUCAUUGUUGUAACACAACACAUAGAAAAUACAAAGUGACAGUUUGUAUGUUUGUGACGCACAGGCCAGAAAUGACACCACAUAUAUAUAUAUAUAUAUAUAUUAUAUACAAGUCUUGCUUUCACUGAAGUGUUCCUGUUGAUCGUAGCCAUUAUAAAGGAAAGUGAGUUCUAAUUUAAGCUUUGCACAAACCAGCUAGCUUGUUGCAUUCACCAUUGUCUUCCAUGUGCUUUUGCACCUUACAAGCUAAAGCGGAGGAAACUCUUUAUUUACGCUCACUUUGGCUUAUAUAUAUUUUUUCAGGCAGUAUUUUCUCUUUUUUAUUUGUCUUCCUGCUCUCCUAGACAGUCGAAGGAGGUUUUUGUUCAGCAUGUGCACUUUCCAGCAGAUCUGGGUCAGUUAUUAUCACUGAUUCUGUUUACAACAUACCUAUUUUGACUCAAAUUCCCCAACCUUUAGCCUUUUAUUGGGAUAUUUUAACCAACAGUACCGGGGUUAAGAAUGACAAUCACUUUCUUUUUACCCAUACCUCAGAAUAGCAGAUAAAUUGAGGCUAAAUUGAAGUGUCUGAAAACUUUAAUAACCUUGUUUUCUCAGACGUACAUGAACUGAACUCAAGUCAACACUUCCACCAGACUAAGAUGAUUAUACCAGCUCCAAUUCAAUCAGAACUGUGCUGCAUGAACAGCAUUUCUUGCCUUUAACACUCCCUACUCAUUUAGCCGAAAGUAUUUUUAAAUACCAUGCAUUCCUUGUAUGAGCAAACAAACAGACCAGCGCUCAGGGAUCAGCCCCCCCCGUGAAAACAUGCAUGACUUGUUUCCUAAUCAGUAGGAGCUGUUUGAUUGCCGGCCAGUAUGUGCCAUUUCCUGUGUAGCAAGUUGUAGCAGAAACAGGCAGCUGAAAACAACGUUAUCCAUCAAUCCCUGCAUGUUAUGUAAGAAAAAUGAUAUUUGACCUCGUCAUGGGAAGGCAGCAAGAAAAAAGGGAAAACAAUCCUCCAACUGAAGAUAAAGUUCCCGUAAUAAAUAAAAAAGUGUAAUAGAGCAAACAAGUAGAGACAGUUAAAUGACCUGAUAAUAAAUUCUUAAAUUCCUCUUUUUCUUGAAAGGCCCUAAAUCCAUGAUUAGUCCUGUGAGGACUGUGUGGGCUCGUACAGGUCUGCUCAACCAGAAGUAAAAACUCAGGUGUGGGUGUUGCUGCAAAUUGCUUCAAAACCGGUAAAAGAAAUAUAUAUGAACAAAGAUUCAUCUGAAUUCUGUGGAGCCUGCAGUCAGAAUAAAUAUAGACAUUUAUGUUUACAUUUAAUUAGUCAUUAACACAUUUAUGAAUUUAAAAAAAACUACUAUGUAAUAAUUCAUUUUACAUUAUUAACUCACAAUGAAAUAAAUAAUGAAGUUAAUUUAUUUAAUUCACAAAAACAUGACAUAACUCAAAGAGCCAGAUGUUUCUCCCCGGCGUUGGUGGUCCAGUUCACCAUUGUUUUAAUUCAAUUUUAAUUUGAACUCCCUUUGAUUUAAAGUCGUGAAUGCAACUAAGAACCAAUCCAGUGGCGUAUUCCAGGCUUCAUAGCAUCCACACAGUGUUGUUAAAGCCAGCUCUUAUUACAGCACCUGCAGCAUAAUGACGUCCAAAAACAUUUUCCAUUUCCAGCUCUGUUAGUAGAGAAUAAUUCAUGUGACUCACUCAAGUUUAAAGGUUACCUGUGGAGCCCUUUUCCACAUUUCCCCUGAAAACACAUUAUUUCUAACCUUGAGCUGCCCUGGCCUGGCUGAGGUGUUAUUUAUGGGUUCAGUUCAUUUGUAAAAGCAGUGACAUGUUUGAUGUAGUCACUGUUUUAAUACUUUUUCACUCCCUGAGAUUGAGCUUCUGCCUUCACCUGCCCCAGAGGCAGUAGCAGCCAGUGAUGGCACUUCUUUAAAUUGGUCCCCAUGUGGCGCGUCAGAUACAGUCAGCCAGUGGUUCGACCCACAUCUGCUCCUGAAGCUUCUCAUGCCGAGUGCAGUGGAGACGAGCUCCGUCUCGCCAGCUGACACCGUUGAAUCUUUUGUAUUUUUAAGGACGCAGUUUCUAAUUGGGUCACGUUGGAAUGUAUGAUUGCAGGAUAUUCAGGGGAAAUGUGAUUGAUUAUGCAGUGUAGUGUCGUCUGUUCUACACCCUUUUAGAGCAUUUAUAUGUUUACCAUAAACUGGUACAGAUUGCAGCUAAAACAGUUAAAAUUAGCUUUAUAGAGUGGAGACGUGUCGAGUCGAGGUGAUGAGUUUACUUUGUUCGUAGUUAAGGUGAAUGAAUGAAAGGAAUGUAUCCAUGCUUGUGCCAAAUGCUCCAGUCAGGUUUAUGUCAGGUGAAUUCAGGUUUGUAGGAUCUGUGUUUGCAAAGAGAUUAAGCCAGAAAAGAUGUGACGUCUUUCUCUGAAUAUAGUCCACUUCUAUGUUAGAUUAUUUAGUUAUUAGUCUUGUGAAUACGCUUUACUAACCUGCAACUAUUAUUUUUUUAUGAUUGAUCUUCCGACUGUUUUCUCAAGUGAUGAAUUUGUCAAAAAAAAAACAUCAGUAAAUUUGCACUAAUUGUUGAUUAAUUUACGGUUGUGACUAACAACUCAAAACAAAUUGUUUUCAAGAUGCUUUUGCUUACAAAUCAUGCACUUAUCAUAGAGUUUGCUAGAGAGCAUGUGUUAUAUAUUUUAUUUUUUACAUAUUUCUGAAUCAGCUGCAUUAUUUUUUAACUAAAUGGUCAUAUGUGGCAGUUUAGGAAAUAUAAGAAAUCCUUCCUUGGAGUAAAAAACAAGAGUUUUCAGCUUCCUUUGCAGAUUGAAAACUUUGCAUUUAAUAAAUCGAUUUCUUAGCCUGUGAAACUAAACGAAAGCAUCAGUCACCUCCUCGGAGUUUGGAGGCUCCGUCUCAUUAAGAUCGACCCAGUAUGGAACUGGAUCAGACCAGAAUAGCCUCCUUUGGGAGUGUAACAUGCUCUCGUGACCCCUAAACAGUCAAACACACACACUACAGUAUAAUGAUCAGACAUACAGUAACGUCUCAGUAUUCUUAAAUGAGUUUGUAUUUAGAAACGUAUUGUGAAUAUUGACAUUUACACCUCAAACACUUGAGUGCUGCUACACAAGACUUCCUGAAAAACAGUUGAAAAUAGAGUAAUUAUUAAUUAUUGGAUGCUCUUAUUGAAAAAGGAAGGUAUUCGCUUUAUCGCCAAAAGUUAGAUGGGAAAAAAAUUGGUGCCCACAUGUGCUGAAAGGCAGCUUUUAUUAUUCAUGGAGAGAGAAAAGUUUCCUGUUUACUGUCUUUAGUUAAACUGACAAGUUAAUUGGCUCCUAGCUCGCUGGUUCCUCCCAGGCGGCUGUUGUACAGACGUGAGAGUGGCAUCGAUCAAGAAAGUGCCCCAAAUUCCUCCUUUAAGUUAUUAUUCACUACUUAUGUCAGUUUAGAACUACCUCUGUGAGACAGAAUUAAGUUAUAUGUUAACUUAAAGUUUAUUUAAUAUAUAUAUAUAUUUAUUAAAAAUGACACCUAAUGUGAUUAUAUGAUCAAUGAGCAGCAGGGAUGUGAGGGAACAUCAAUUAUUUUAUGUACAAUGAUUAAAAUAAAUGAAAAUCUGAAAAAUAAAAAAUAAUAUUUUCAAUUACUAACACACUUAAUCAUUAAUUCCCCAUACUUAUAUGUGUAAUAACAGUAAAGUGCUUCCUAAAACUAUGAAUUAAAAACUCAUAUCAUUGACCUUUAAAAGAGAAACAUCUCAAUCUCUUUUUCUUUGUUUCUUUCCUUUUGUUUUUGUUAUUCUGAGAUCAGAGAAUAUAUUUAUAUUGUACAUAAAUUGUAUUUAAAGAUGCUUGUAAUGCCUAAAUGCUAACGUUUGCUAUUGUCUUACGUUAUUCCAAAGCAGAGUAUAAAGAAUAAUCUAUACAAUGUGAUUAUUAUGCUUGUGCCAUAACUGUCAUGCUGUCGUCACUUUACACCAUAGCUCAAUAUGUCCGUGUGAUAUUGUUGUAAUAUGCAGAUUUAUAUGUUUUUGUUCAUCCUGACUGUUAAUUGUUUUACUUUAAUCUCUUCUCGUGCUUAAACUGUUGACAUAAUAACUACUGGCAGAUACUUUUAACCCUCCGAGCCCUCCUGUUAACAAUAGAUAUGAUAUUAUGUGAACAGGUUGUUUGUUAAUGGUCACGUUUAACAUGUUAAUUGAGAAUAAUUGUGUCACUGGGAUCAUAAUUACCUCCUGCAAAGUGUUAUUGUGUUAAAAGGAAGUUCUGGAGAGACGGUUAUCUGUAGUGCUGACAACACAGUGGAUUUUUGGGGUCAAUAUUCAAUUUUUAGUCAAAAUUUUAAAAUUUUAGAUUCAUUUUUUCAAUUUUGUUUUGUACAGAAAGUGUAUAGGAAAGGUUAUUUAUAAUAAUAAUAAUAUUUUUUAGUAUUUAAUUCUAAAAUCUGACAAAGAUCUCGACUCAUAUUGGUUUAGUGCUUCUUGGUGUUACAGUAACACCUCCUCAGACAGAUCCCAGGUCAGCAGACAACAGAGAAUCUGUGACGUUGAACUGUCUUUUGUUUCUCUUCCACAUUUGGCAAUCAGUGCUUUUCCUCAGCAGCAGUUAAAUAUCCAAGAGCUUUAGCCUUGCUGCGCCCCAUGUUGCUCUAAAUGUACCACAAACCCAAGAAAACCUCCAGUCAGUGUGUCCCUGAACGCCACACUCCUGCUGUAAUAAACAUCUUCUGCACCCACCUGCAGAACAUAAACGGA